ACAAAGCUUGGACAUUCGCAUUCCACAAAGUAUCCGGCAGAACAAAAUUUUCGAUUUGAUUUAUUUCUAGCUUUUAUUUUUUCUUUAUAAUAUCCAAGAAUAAUAAAAAAAAACUUUGACAACUUACCAUCUAGAUUUUCACUAUUCAUUUUCAUUAUUAUUUUUAUUAUUUCAUUUUCAUUAUUAUUUUCAUUAUAGUUUUAUUUAUUCCCAUUAUUGAACAUGGAUUACAGUUCGAAAGGUUUAUUUUAGUUGAAAACUUCAACGGUAUACAAAAUCUCAAAACACGUGCGUGUGCCUCCAGGCUUUUCCGCAAACUCCUGCUAAAUGCGCACCCAAUGCAUUUUGGUAUUACGCAACAUACGUCAUAUUUGAAUGACGUAAUUUUUAAUAAUAAUUUAAAUUUAAACCACGGAAUCGCAUUUUGGAUAAAGCAUCUUCCGAGUUUAGCAUUCAUAAAAACAAAAAACAUGGCGGAGGCAAGCACUAAGGAUGAGCAAAAAAUAUCUGCUGAGGAAGUUUGUACAGAUGAUAGCAACAAAAUCAAUAGGCGUGUCUCUCUAGAUUUACAUACACAUUUCGUUGAUGCCCAUCCAGAAUGUUCUGUUUGUCUACAACCUUGUUUACAUCCUGUCAAACUUCCAUGUUCUCACAUCUUUUGUUUCCUCUGUGUAAAAGGAUUCGCAUACAGGAGUCGACGAUGUGCAUUGUGUCGAAGAGAAGUGUCAUUAGAAUAUUUUGAGAAACCUGUUGUUGUAAAAGUUCGUCAAAAGCAGGAUGAAGAUUCUGGAAAUCCUGAAAGUUCAUGCCAUUCUAAAGAAUCUUACAAUUGGUUUUAUGAAGGUCGUAACGGUUGGUGGCAGUAUGAUGAACGGGCAUCUUCUAUAUUGGAAGAAGCUUUUAAAUCUGAGUCAAGAUCAUGCGAUUUAAUUAUCGCCGGCUUCUUGUAUCUUGUAGACUUCAGUAAUAUGAUUCAGUUUCGAAAGACAAACCCAGCUAGAUGUAGACGAGUUAAGCGAGAUAAGGUAAACGCAGACAAGAAAGGUAUAGCUGGGUUAAAAUUAAAAGCAAGACCAACGAAGCAAAUAUGUAGUUGCGUGACUGAAAAAACGACUAAAAACUGUUCAAAAUGCUCUCAAACUGUUUGUUCUAACCGUCUUUCUAGUCCAGAUAAUAAGGCGGAAGACAGUACUGGUGCUGUAAGUAGAGACUGUGAAGAGACUGUGCAGCAGACAGAAGGAGAAUCGAUUGCUGAAGAAAUACAGACCAGAAUGUCACGUUUGAUGAGCGAUCCUAGUCAAGAUAGUUGAUAGCAGUUAUUCCUGUUGACUACUACCGCCAAAAAAAGAAAGAUUUCUGCUUCGUACCACGUCUUAUAUAGAAAGCUUCCAUGAGCUACCUAUUUCUCGUCUUAUGUGGGAGAAUUAAUUGCGAUAUUUAACUUCCAAGAGAGUAGUGGCUUAUGAAGAUUCAGGGUGUUUUUUUAGGCUGCAAAGGUAGUUUCUCUGACCGUGUAUUACACAAAUAAAAAUAUGCUUAUUUUUACAUUUUUGUAUUUAUUUUUAAUUCUCGGCAUACGUGUUUAUUGUAUUUUUGCUGCUAUUUUUACUUUACCUAGGUAGAUUUCUCAGUGAUGAUUUUGACGGUGAUUUUGUGAAGCUGAAACAGUUUCUAUCUUGUUAAAGCUUUAUAUUUCUCAGAACGUUUUUAACCAAUCAGAACAGUAGGGUUUGCUAAGAAAUAAUAGGUAAAUAUUAAGUUUUACUUUUAUUUAAAAACGUUUAGUUCGUUUAGUUUUCUCUUUUGCAAAAAUCGGAAAAUUGCGUCUAACCAAAUUCAUCACUAACUACCUUAUAGGUGAAAAAUCCGUUGGUCAUUGAUUUCGUCGGUGAAAAUGUCAAUUUUAAUUUUUAAAUAUUUAGAGGGUUUUUUAAAUAAAUUCUUUUUUUUAUUUAUUUAUUAUCAAUUACAUACAACCUGCGUCUUCACUUAUUAUAGUUGACGUUAUUUUGUCAUCAACAUAUGUUUCAA